UCCCGGGGAAGGGAGAGCCUGGGAGUUGUAGGCGAGUUGUGCGCGAGGCAAGGCCAGCUGGGACCAAACCGCGUCCGCCUAUUCCUCGCUUGCUCAUGGAGUGGGUUUCCUGGCGGGGCACGUCUUCGUUUUCCUCUCCUCUUAGCCUUUAGCCGGGGCUUGGCUUUUCUCCAGCGGCUGCUUCUUCCUUAUCCUCUUCGUCCUCUCCUUGCGUCUCGAGCUCUCCUUCUCCGCCAUGGGGGACGUGAUCUCGGCACACCUGGACGACAGCAGGCGGCAGUUCAUCACAGAAAAGACUGGCAAAGUCCUGGCUGAGUUUUGCCAGUUCUAUGAGGAACAGUAUGGUGUCUCCCUCUUCAACAGUGUCCGGUAUGAAAUUGAAGGCGUUGGCGGACCCCAGGCUCAGCUACUGCGCCGCAAGGUUCCACUGGAGGCACGUACCAUCUUCUCGGGGAACCUGUUCCAGUACAUGGAAGAAAACAAGAAGUGGAGGAACCGUUUCAGUGUCGUGCCCCCUAAUUAUGGGCUGGUGCUGUAUGAGAACAAACUGGCCUAUGAGAGAGGUCUCCAGCCCCGGAUUCUCAUCAAUAGUGCUGGCUACAAGAUCCUCACCUCCUUGGAGCAAUACCUGGACCUGGUCAAUAGCAAUUUGCCAGGUUCUGCACCCAAAUCGGGCAACACCUCUGUCUUCAAAUGUCCCACAGAGUUCCCUCUCAUCCUAUGGCACCCUUACGCCCGGCACUACUACUUCUGCGUGAUGACCGCGAAGGAGCAUGAGAAGUGGCGAGCCGUUUUCCAAGACUGUGUGCGCCACUGCAACAAUGGUAUUUCUGAGGACAACAAGGUGGAAGCUCCUGCAUUCACGGAUGCCGUCCGCAUGUACCGCCAGUCUAAGGAGCAGUAUGGCACAUGGGACAUGCUUUGUGGCAAUGAGGCACAGGUCUUGAGCAACUUAGUGAUGGAGGAACUUCUUCCUGAGCUGAAGAACAUGAUUGGGCCCCGCCUGAAGGGCAAAAUCCAAGAGAGACACAGAGUUUGGAUCCAGGUCUCUGACGCUGUGUACAGGAUGGUCUACGACCAGACAAAAGCCCAGUACGACGAAGCUGUGGUUAAAUGCGAGGUUGAGAAGCCUGGGAUGACCAGCACCAUCCGCACAGAUAUGGAUCAAAUCAUCCAAUCGAAGGAGCACCUGGCCAGCAAAAUCCGAGCCACAGUCUUCUCCAAAGCAGAGGUCUGUGUUCGGAACCACAUCCAGCCUUACAUCGCUUCCAUCCUGGAGGCACUUAUGAUCCCUACCAGCCAGGGCUUUGCAGAGGUGCGGGAAGUCUUCUUCAAGGAGGUGACCGACAUGAAUAUGAACAUCCUCAACGAAGGGGGAAUGGAGAAGAUGGGGGAGUACAUGGAGAACCUUUCCCAACUGGCUUUCCAUCCAGUCAAGAUGCAGUCCUGCUAUGAGAAGAUGGACCAGUUGAAGCUGGAAGGGCUGCAGCAGAGGUUUGAUGUGUCCAGCGCCUCUGUGUUUAAGCAGCGGGCCCAGAUCCUGAUGAGACAGCAAAUGGACGAUACUGUCUACACCUUUGAGACGCUCCUCCAUCAGGAGGUGGGGAAAUCGCCAGACAAAGAUGAGCUCUGCAAAACCAUUCAGCGCAUCCUGGAGCGGGUGCUUAAGAAAUAUGACUAUGACAGCAGCACGGUAAGGAAGAAGUUCUUCCGGGAGGCCCUGCUCCAGAUCACCAUCCCCUUCCUGCUGAAGAAGCUGGCCCCCACUUGCAAAGGGGACCUCUCAAGAUUCCAGGAACUGAUUUUUGAGGAUUUUGCCCGUUUCAUCCUGGUGGAGAACACCUACGAAGAGGUGGUACUGCAAUCUGUCAUGAAAGACAUCAUGAUGGCUGUGAAGGAGGCAGCUGUGCAGCGGAAGCACAACCUGUACCGCGACAGCAUCGUGAUGCACAACAGUGACCCCAACCUCCACUUGCUUGGCGAGGAGACGCCCAUCAACUGGGAGGAGGAGUUCGGCAGGCAGUCGGACUCAGACCCGCCAGAUGAGAAGCAGCGCCGGGCCAAGCAAGUCGUUUCGGUCAUCCACGUUGACGAAGAGGCCCUUCCCUAUGAGGUCACUUCCCUGGAGGGGUCCCCAGGUGCAGCUGAGCUGGAGCCCGAGGGGGCGGACCGCAGUCCUUCUCCUCCUGUGCAGGGGUCCCCCGACAGCGUGAAGGACCUUCGUACGAUGCUGGUGAAGGAGUUCUGCGUCAAGGCUCCGCUUGAGAAGGCUGAGGCCCAGCUGGGCAAUGGCACCAUUGCCCAGAGGAGCGAAGUAGACCCCAAACACACAGAGGGGAAGGAGGAGGAAGCCACCAGGGAGGCAGGCAAGCACACGGCACAACAUCCCGCUGAGUGCCAGGGGGAGGCGCAGGAGGCUACGGACGCCAUGCCCACUUCUCCUGCCCAAUCGCCUUCCCUGGCUGCCGACGGGGGGUCCAGCGUUGGCUGCCUUGAGCCUAGCGAUAAGGAGACAGGGGAGGAGACGGGGGUGCAAGUGGAGGUGACCCCAGUUUGUGAGACGAGCGUGGAAUCCUUUGUGGAGAACAGCCAUGGGGCUACAGAAGGCAGCGAAGGGGUGCAGACUCAGUUCUAGGACUGCCACCCCACCUCUUAUGCGAGAGGGUUCCUCUAUUGGCUGUGUCAAUGCCAAAGGCAGACUGGAAUUGGGGGACCCUGUGGGGG